AUGGCGACCAACUUUCGCUGUAUUCAAUGUUCUUAUGAAUCUAUAUCUUGGGUUAUUGAAGAACACCUUAUUGAAUCGGUUCAUUACUUCGUCGAGUCUAAACACAUUAGAAACUCCAUAAAAUGUUACUUUUGCAAUGAUAAUAACAUGUUCAAUUCAACUCUAUUGAGAUAUCAGCGCAAUGAGUUCAAGCUUGCUUGCAAAUCUUGCUUACCAACGUGCAAUGACGAAUACUGCAAUCCUGACCAGUUUUGCUUAUACGACAAUUGUCUAAGUACCGUUGAUGAUUUGGAAACGGUUGAGUGCAAGUUAUGUCAUUCUGAAUUUUUAACACUUGCGCCCUCUGCGGUCGUAAAGUACUGUCACGAAUGCUACCAUUCACUUGACGAAGCGUCCUCCCCAAUACUUCUACGAUCUUAUCGGAGUAAUUACAUUAAAACUAUUACAACUCCUCCUGGGCCCGCAAGCCCUAAAAGUUUAGCAUAUGGGUUGAAAACCGAAAUCUCAAAAGGCCGGCUUCACAUGAACAAAGAAGAAGGCUGUACAUCCACCAUGGCCUCUCUUGGCUCUGCAACAUCCUCACAGAGGCUAAGUCCCUCAGCGAAAUUUGACCUUUCAAUCUCAGGAAAAGGCGUAAAUCUUUUUGCGAAUGUGCCAACACUUCCAUAUAGGCAUGUUUGCAAGAACGCAGAGAGAUGUGCAAAUUUCCCUGCAAAGGGCGAAAGUAAUGUUAUAGAAGAGAAAGAACAUCGGAUGGCCUCAUACUUAGGCAACACCUUUAUUUCCAAGGCAGCCAAGAAUGGCUUAUCGCACAGUAAAGACUUUUCAUUGAAUGAGAGGCCUAACGGCAAUAACGCGACUUGUGAGAAAGACGUAGCCCGUGCAAAUUUAGUUUUAAAGGAAUUGCCUGCCACUAGAGAUUUUUCAUUUAGACCGGAGAAGGAGGAUGAUCAAGUAUUCAUCGAAACCACUUCUGACUCCCCGCAGAUGAAAUAAUGAAAUCACACAUUGGACGCAAGGUGAAUGGAGAGUCAAAUGCAGAAUCUAAGGCCCUGGAUAUGUUCUCUCAUGAUAAAGAUAAACCUGAUAUUGCCAAGAAUAGCGAAGCUUUGAAGUUUGGCGAAAAUAAAGUCUCACCUAUGGAAAGAAAGACAAUUAACAGCUUUACUGCCGAUACAACGCAAAACGACAUGAAAUAUGGUACCAGACAAGUUGUAGCUAUCUUGCCAUUGCAAAUGUCGCACUCAAGAAAUGAUAUUGAUCUCAAAACAUGCCUUGUAAAAUCUACGCAAAAUGAAAAGGAACGUAACCAGGAUCCUGAGCGGGCAGAAACUAGUGCUGCUGUUGAGAAAAAAGCCAUUGAAGAACCAUUUGUAACUGAUCUGAAAGUUGAGCAAGGAUCUAAAGUUAAACAGAAAGCGAAAAAGGCAAGGCGAAAGGCAGCUGGGCAUCGUAGAAGAACAAAAGGAAAUUUUCAGAUGAAAAAGUCAAAUCAAGUCUGUCAGGCAGAGGUGCAGAAAUCCGAUACUAAAAUUAAAUGCGAAGAAUCAAAACAGACGAGACUGACAGACUGCGGAACUGCACUAGCUACCGAAAGCAUUAAGAAAAAAGUCUUGGGAAGGCAGAAAAAAGUUGUAGCCAAAAAAACUGGAAAGGCUAACAAGUUUGAAGGUAAGACAAGAGUGCAACGCCGUGAGAAUUCUCGAAAACGCCCCCAGCAUCUUCCCAAGUCUUUAGACGAUCCAAGGCUCUAUCCAAAGCACAGUAUCGGGCAACGCGGUUCUGUAACACAGACCCCAAGGAAGUUGAAAUACGUUCCUUUCAAGGAAAACUUUUCAACUGUAACCAGCUACAGAAGUUACAUUCUACCAGUACUAUUGAUGCAGUUCUCUGAGCAAGUUGAGCCAAUGUUUCGCUUUCAAAUUGAAAAUCCAAAUAAUGAUUUAAGAACGAGUUGCGUCAUUAGUUUAUGCCCUCAAAGCCCAGAGUUACAACAAGCUCCAUUUCUGCAGCGCCCUUCAUUUUCUCCCUUCUCUACGCGACAAGCCAUGUGUUUAUGUUUAGAGGAUGACAGUCAGAUGUGGUACACAUACGUAGCCUCGCAAGAAAGCACCCGAAAUGGUAUCAAAUUGAUUCUCAAGCUUUUCGCCUUCAGACAACCUCGAAUGUUGCGAGAUUGGUCGAUUGCAAAACUCAAGCUCCUACCUGGAGGAGCCGUUGAGACGAGAAUGCUGGAUGCAAUUGUAGGGCUUGAAAGCUCAGACUUUGUCAACUUAGUUUUAGGAAAGGCACAUCCAAGUUCUUGUGCUGCCCCUGAACUCACAGCAUCGAGCGGGAAGCAUUUGAACAAUUCUCAGCGCCUUUCAAUAAGUUCAGCUUUGAAAAAUAAGGUCACGGUCAUUAAGGGUCCUCCAGGCACAGGGAAAACUUCCGUUAUUUUAGAGAUUGUCCGUCAACUGCUGGAAGAAAAUGAGAUGUGGCCAAUAUUGUGCGUUGCGCCAUCAAACAUUGCAGUGGACAACCUUUGCGACAGGCUUCUGGAGCACUACGAUAAUAACACAAUGUUGAGAGUAUCAUCUGCGGAAAAAGAGCAGGAGUACACAAACGAAAAUAAGCUGGGUCAAAUUUGUCUACACAACAUAGUAUUCGGUCUUUUGCCCGCCCCCCUCAAGUUAGUCAAAAGACAUAUUCGUGAAGAGGGAGUCAGAGCAGUUGAUCCCAAAUGUUACCAAGAGUUAGUGUGCAAGGAAUACUCACUAAAGAAAGCUAAAAUUGGUAAAGCCAGGGUCAUUUGUACUACGAACCUUACUGCUGGAAGUCUAGUGUUCAAAGAUUACUAUGAAUUUGGGACGAUGAUCAUGGAUGAGUCAACGCAAGCGUCUGAACUUUCAGCUCUCGUACCAUUGACGCUACCAGGUCUCAAGAAAAUAGUGCUUGUUGGAGACGAGAAGCAGCUCUCCUGCUUUGGUAACAUGCCCCGCACCAAUACGUCUUUUUUCGAAAGGACACUUCGGAACGGUGCCUGCAAAACCCACAGUACCGGAUGCAUCCAGCAAUAUCUGAGUUCCCAAGAAAUGCAUUUCAUGGGGGUCAGCUAAAGGAUGGUGUAACGGCAGAGGACAGAAUAUGGCCAAAUAAUGAGCAUGCUUUACGUUUUUUCAACUUGAGUUACGGUGGAGAGACAAAAAUUGAAACAGGCAAAGGGGCCAGGUAGCGUCUAUCUUAUCAAAACCACUACGAGGCAGCAGCAGUACUUGACCUUGUACACAACCAAGUAAUGCACAAAAAUGUUCCACGCGAGGAAAUAGGUAUCAUUGUCAUGUACGCUGCCCAAAGAGACCUCAUUGUCAGCUUAAUGGAGCGGGAUAGUUUGAUCAAUUCUCAGCGCGCGUUUGUAAUUCGACAGCUUGAUUUAGAAAAUGCGGAAAGCAAUCCUGGAAGGUCAGCCAUUGUGAGCACUAUCAAUGGGAUCAAAGUGGCUACUGUUGAUGCUUUUCAGGGCCACGAGAGAAACUUCAUCGUUCUCUCAUGCGUCAGAAGCAACCACAAGGGAAGUGUAGGAUUUACUUCGGACAAAAGAAGACUAAAUGUGGCUUUAACAAGAGCUCGAUAUAGUAUCUCGAUUGUUGGUAGCAAGAAAACCUUGAUUAGAGGCGGCAAAAUAUAG